AUGUCCUCGUCUUUGGCUCUGGUGGAUACAGUCGGUUGUUUACCCGCUAGCAUGCGGUUAUUCGAUGUGGGUGGUCAGCGAUCAGAACGGAAAAAAUGGAUUCAUUGUUUCGAGGAUGUAACGGCUAUAAUCUUCUGCGUUGCCAUGUCCGAAUACGACCAAGUGCUCCAUGAGGACGAAACUACG